GUGCCUUCACCGUCGCUGGAGGUCCCAAGUGCCCUCACAAUCGCUGCAGCCUCGCAGUCGCUGCGGCCUCUGCGGGCACAGUCCCCAGGCCCUCCCAGUCUCGUGCCCCUCACAGUCGCCGCAGCGCCCCAUGCCGUCACAGCCGCUGCAGCCUCACGGGCCUCACUGCUCUUCUUCACUCCUGAUCCAAGAGGAUGGGUGAGGAUAGCGGUGAGGAUAAAGGCGGGGAGGGAUGACGACGAGGGCACGACGACCGGCGCUGGUGGUGUGAGCCGGGCGAUGAGGAUAGCGGUGAGGAUAGAGGCGGAGAGGGAUGACGACGACGCAGCGACGACCAGCGCUGGCGGUGUGAGCCGGGCGACGACGACGCAGCGACUGGAUAGCUUUUUGUGGCUACCGUUUGUGGCU